UGUUCUGGAGGAGAAUCAAAAAAAUUGAUAAAAAUGAAUAGAGAGAGAGCUUAAAAAGCUACUAACCGUUCAAAAACACACAGUUCGUUCACUCGUUCCUAUCUGCGAGAUCUACCAGAUCUGGUUCUGGAGCGAAGCUAAUUGCUGGCAAAAUUAUUACAGUUUUUUUGGAAUCCGACGAAUUAUCGCGCUUUGAUCGUUGUUGCUUCUCUGAUCGGGAAUGGCGAUUUCAAGUCCUGUUACACCUGGGCUAAUGUCGGUGGUGCUUGGGAUUGUGCCGGUGAUCGUUGCUUGGCUAUACUCCGAGUAUCUCCACUAUGCUAAAUACUCCGUCUCGGCCAAAGCUAGGCAUUCUGAUGUCAAUUUGGUGGAAAUUGCUAAAGAUUUUGUUAAAGAAGAUGACAAAGCUCUUUUGAUUGAAGAUGGAGGUGGUCUUCAGUCUACUUCUCCUAGAGCCAAGGCCCUUUCCACACAUUCUCCUCUCAUCAGGUUUGUGCUAUUGGAUGAGUCAUUCUUGGUUGAGAACAGACUGACGUUAAGAGCAAUAAUUGAGUUUGCGGCACUUAUGGUAUACUUUUACAUAUGUGACCGCACGGAUAUCUUCAAUUCAUCAAAGAAGAGUUACAACCGGGAUCUCUUUCUGUUCAUAUACUUCCUUCUCAUCAUCGUUUCAGCGUUAACUUCAUUCACUAUUCAUAAUGAUAAAUCAGCAUUCAACGGAAAAUCCAUCAUGUACUUGAAUAGGCAUCAAACCGAGGAGUGGAAAGGCUGGAUGCAGGUCCUCUUUUUGAUGUACCACUACUUUGCUGCUGCAGAGUACUAUAAUGCAAUCCGUGUCUUCAUUGCCUGCUACGUAUGGAUGACUGGAUUUGGGAAUUUUUCUUAUUAUUACAUUCGCAAGGACUUUAGCCUUCCGAGGUUUGCACAGAUGAUGUGGCGGCUAAAUUUUUUGGUCAUAUUCUCCUGCAUCGUCCUCAACAACAGUUAUAUGCUAUACUACAUCUGCCCAAUGCACACUCUGUUUACUCUGAUGGUCUAUGGAGCACUUGGUAUUAUGAACAAGUAUAAUGAGAUGGGUUCAGUCAUAGCUGCCAAAUUUUUUACCUGCUUCGUUGUUGUCAUCAUCGUUUGGGAAAUUCCUGGCGUUUUUGAAUGGAUUUGGAGUCCAUUUACACUCCUAAUGGGUUACAAUGAUCCCGCAAAACCACAGCUUCCCCUCUUGCAUGAGUGGCAUUUCCGCUCUGGCCUUGAUCGGUACAUAUGGAUAAUCGGGAUGCUAUACGCAUACUACCACCCAACUAUUGAAAGUUGGAUGGAUAAACUGGAGGAAGCUGAGAUUAAGUUCAGGAUGGCUAUCAAAACAACUGUGGCACUUAUAGCAAUAACGGUGGGAUAUUUUUGGUACGAGUACAUUUACAAGCUGGACAAGCUAACUUACAACAAAUAUCAUCCUUACACCUCUUGGAUUCCUAUAACUGUUUAUAUCUGUCUCCGGAACAUCACUCAGUCUUUCCGCGGCUACAGUUUGACCCUCUUGGCGUGGCUUGGGAAGAUAACACUGGAGACAUAUAUCUCCCAGUUUCAUAUAUGGCUCAGAUCUGGAGUUCCUGAUGGUCAACCCAAAUUGUUACUCUCUCUUAUCCCGGAUUACCCAUUGUUGAACUUCAUGCUCACAACUUCGAUUUACGUCGCUAUCUCCUAUAGGCUCUUUGAGCUUACCAACACUUUGAAAACAGCCUUCAUACCAACCAAGGACGACAAACGCCUUGUCUACAACACAAUCGCAGCACUCGUAAUCUGCACUUGUCUCUACUUUUUCUCGUUUGUUCUUAUCACAAUUCCCCAAAAACUGGUGUGAAGGCAAUUCUGAACCGGGCUGGAUUAUUUGAAUGGAUUCAUAGGAGUUGUUGAACUACGCGAUAUGGUAGAUACACGAAGAUAGAAGUCAAGAGGUAGAUGCAUACAAUGUUGCUGUAGUGUCACCUUUCUGUAUAUUUUAUUUAUGAAUACGGUGUUCUUUCUUUCUUGUUUAUUUAUGUUUGUGUUGACGAUGAUGUAAUUGUAUAGACUUAUUGUUAUUGUUUACCCCAAGUUAAGGAAAUCCAUGGGAGUAAUAUUAUAGCAAUAAAAUCCAGAUUACUCU